GGCAAACGGCGUUUGGUGGAAGGGAAGGCGGACGAGGAACGGGACUCCUCCCCGCGGCUGCCUGCUUUUCUCCGGGAGGAGAGGCCUGGAAGACUGAAGCUAGCGCGGCCGAGGUUUGCAUUCGGGUGGGCGCCUGCAAUUGCAAUCCGGUGUUUUCAAGCGACUACGGCUGGAGUUGAUUUGGACUGUGCUGUUAUACACCUGAGUGUAGUCCUGGCUAAAAGAUAUCAUAAAGAAACCAACUCUAGUUUGUUUGGAUCAGGCACUCUCCUUCUGAUGCAAAUUUGCCUUGACGUCUGAAGAUGAUGGAACCUUCCUCCUGUGAUACUUUUGUGGCUCUGCCCCCAGCCACACUUGGCAACAGGAUCAUAUUUGGAAAAAAUUCCGAUCGACCCUCUGAGGAAGUCCAGGAGAUUGUGUAUUUUCCUGCUUCCCAUCAUAAACCAGGAGAAAAGGUUGAGUGUACCUAUAUAGAGAUAGAACAAGUUGCAGAAACGUAUGCAGUUAUCCUGAGUCGCCCAUCGUGGCUGUGGGGUGCUGAAAUGGGAGCCAAUGAGCACGGGGUUUGCAUUGGAAACGAAGCUGUGUGGGGGAGAGAAGAAAUCGGUAACGAUGAAGCACUUCUGGGCAUGGAUCUCGUCAGACUUGGACUCGAAAGAGCUGACUCUGCUGAGAAAGCUGUCAGCGUCAUUGCUGACUUGUUGGAAAAACAUGGCCAAGGUGGAAACUGUAUGGAGAGCCAUAUGGCCUUUACCUAUCAUAAUAGUUUCCUGAUCGCUGACAGAAAGGAAGCCUGGGUCCUGGAAACCUCUGAAAAGCACUGGGCGGCAGAGAAUGUGAAAGAGGGAGUGCGAAACAUCUCUAAUCAGCUGUCGAUAACCAAGGUUGAUCGAGGCCAUCCAGAAUUAAAGGAUUAUGCUAAGAACAGAGGCUGGUGGGAUGGCGAGAAAGAAUUUGAUUUUGCUGCUACGUAUUCCUAUGUCAAUACUGCCAGAAUGACUGCAGCAAGAGGCAGAUAUGGUGAAGGGUAUAAGCUGCUGAAGAAACACGAAGGCAGGAUAAGUGCUGAAACAAUGAUGAGUAUCCUCAGAGACAAGGAGAGCGGCAUCAACAUGGAAGGAGGCUUUAUGACCACUGGGAGCAUGGUUUCCAUACUUCCUCAGGAUCCCAGCCUUCCUUGCGUUCAUUUCUUCACUGGAACUCCCAACCCUGACAGAUCUGUCUUUAAACCUUUCAUUUUUGUGCCAAAUAUUACUCAGCUGCUAAAAACGGGUUCCCCAGUGUUUGGUCCUGAGGAUCCAGUUAAAAAGAACCCACGUUUUCAGACUAAGCCGGAUCGAAGGCACGAACUCUACAAAAAGCACGAAAGUGCAGCUGCCCUGAUGGACGUUUCCAAGGAAAAUGGCAACGAAGUGCUGAAGCAGAUUCAAAAUUUAGAAAAAGAGAAGAUUAACGAAAUGGAGCAUAUUUUACAGAGUGGACACUUUGAUGUUGACCAAGCCGUUCACCUUUUCUCAACGUGCGUAGAGGAAGAAAUCCGUGAAUAUCUGCCUAAGGAUUAAAAAUAUGCCGCUGUAGAAUUUGGUGCUGUCUGCAUUAACUCAGUUGUCCAUAGCAACUGUUGCUUCCCAAGGCAGUUUUGUUGUUUGCCCGUUGCCAGUUCCAGCUAAACAGCCCAUGCUGAGCACCGAUUGGAUUGUAAAAUGUAGCAAAUAUUAAUAAUGUUAGACAUGGGACAUAGAUUUGUUAAUUAUGAAUUUUGCUCCAAACCAGCAUUUUGCCUGUCUAAUGAUAGCAAUUUGCACUAUGCAGUUAUCUGCUGGGAGCACUUCUAAUCUGUACAUAGAGCUCAAAUGGAAGUGUUGAACAAAGGAAAGUUUAAGACACAAAAAGGUUCCUAGCGAGUGGUAUAGACACAGAAUUCCUAAUAGCAUUGUUUCCCAGUAUCCAUAACCACAAUUAAAAUAAAGCCAGGGUUUGCCAUUAACCAGAAUUUGGUCCUACGUACAUGAAUCAUGGUUUCAGGACAAUGUCAGUGUAAUCCAUAACUGUGUGGCUGGCAGGAAGAAAUUGCAUGGGAGUGCAAGGUAUAUAUGAGCUUGUGGCUCAUUCCUAAUGUUCGCAUCAGAGAGGUAGAUUUUGCAGUGCAGAGUUCCUAAUUCUUAAUUGAAAUAAUAUAUUUAAGAGGCUCUAAUAGAAUAUAGAAUGUUAUUACAUGGAAUAAAAAUAAAAGUAUGAAUGCUGCAAUGCCAGACUCAAAAGUCUGACUUUAUAGAAAGAAUGUUUUUUUCAAUUGGAAGUAAUAAUGGAAAUCAGGUAGCCACUAUACACUGCUAAAAACAGAUCAGUGUAGUCCUACUGACAUACUUUACAUUGAUAACUGAUUAAAGCUAGUUUUUUUCAGUAAUGUGCAUUGUGUAAAAAAAGUAUUCAAAUACCAAUGAGUCAAUUUCUCAGUGAACAGAUUGCAGAUAUAUAAAAAUAUGUGUGCUGUGAAACGGCAGUAAGAUAGUAUGUUUGCAAGUCUGCUGUUAUAAAAAUGUCUUCCAGGCACAACAAAGCUUGUGUACUGUUCCUCCAUCAGUUACAGACCAGUGUUGGGUUCUAUUCUGUUCUGAGCAAAGUGACAUGAAGAGCAGAAUUCCUUAUCUGCUGUGAAAGACACUAUUCAAUAUUGUGCUUGUUUAAUCACUCAGAGACUCAUUCCGCACAUGCAAAAUAAUGCACUUUCAAACUGCUUUCAGUGCUCUUUGAAGCUGUGCGGAACAGCAAAAUCCACUUGCAAACAGUUGUGAAAGUGGUUUGAAAACGCAUUAUUUUGUGUGUACAGAAGGGGCCUGAUAGUCAAGGUGACAGUAACAUUUUUAAUUACCGUUAAGUUUUUUGAGAAUUUUUGAGAAUGUGCCUCUUCAAAGACAUACAGAUCUAAAAUAGAUGCAUUGAAUAUAAAUUAUGUUUUGAUGACUUUUAAA